CUCCUUCCCUUUCCCUGUGCCCUCCUUAUUUUCCUCCUUUCUCCGUCCACGCUUUCGUUUUCCCCAAUCUGGGAACCCUCAGCCCUGGUAAUCUUACUGCAGGUGCACAAGACCGGGUUUAUGAAAGGCUGUAAAAUUUAACCGCUGAUGUUGCAGCCGUCGCCGCCUUUCUGCUGGGGGACCUGGCCUAGACUGCUACUCAUUGAUCUUCGGGGCUCGUCAGAGGUAAUCGGGAGUUUGGCCAGGGUGAGAACUCCAUGAACCCCGCCGUUGUGAGUAGUGGUCUCUGCACCACAGGCCUCUAAAGGGGUGACGCCCGCAAGGGACCGCCCGCCCUGCACCGACCAUCCAGCCACUUCAGAACCAGCCACCAGUGUUCAGCAACACGGCCCGAGUUCUUGGAAGCACAGGCUCCAGACGCGCAGGCUCAGCGGCCAUGGCUCACGGGCCCAUCCGCUCCGCGGCAUGUGGGAUCUUCCCGGACCGGGUCACGAACCCGCGUCCCCUGCAUCGGCAGGCGGACUCUCAACCACUGCGCCACCAGGGAAGCCCAAGGGGAUCAUAGUCUGGAAAAAAUUCUGGACCAUGCCAGAAGCCAACGAAGUACUCCAGGGACCAGAAAUCUGUGGUGGAAGCGAGUCUCUUGCACUUUUCCGCUCCUGCGUUUUUUCAACCCAAUCCUACGCUUUUCUUUCCAGCUCCUGCACACCCUCAGGACUGUACCAAAGGCACAUCCCAAAAGAGUAGGCAUCUUAAUUGCCUUACACAGGCCAAAGAAGAAAUACGUUGGUUCUGUGGCUCUUCUCCAAGGCACUGUCACCUCACACUUCCAGAGCUUUAGGAUUUACCUGGAGGGUUCAUGGCAAAAGUGGAAUUCCACUUCCACUCUCAAGGAAGAGGUGGCACGAGUCUUCCCUCUUAAAAUUUUUAUCUUGAAAUGUCCAAUGUGGCAGUGAAAGGCGGACCCUAGCGAACAAGAAAUAUUAUUAUUAUUAUUAUUACAAAAAAAUCUUAGCCCCGCUCCACACCCUGAACCCCAAUUUAAUCACCCCAGGCCUCGGGACUCUCAGACCUCGAGUUGUGACCAAGGCCACGGACUACAAAACAGAGAAUUCUGGGGGAAGGAAGUGACGACACGGCGCAAAGCACGCUGGACUCCGGCAGGCUCGGCUCAAGAGACUCCUUCCUUCCAACGCGGCUGCUGAGGACCUGGCGGUGCUAGGAGAUUUAACUGGUAUCUUUCUCAUUUGUCAGGAUUACACGCUAAGUAUCACCUGGCUUGAGUACAGCUCAAAGUAUCAUGCGGCUUCGGGUUACGCCAGGGCAUCAGCUCUAGAGCCUUAGCUGCUGCCCCUUCGUUUACGCAUCCUCCAAACAAAUUUUAAGAUGAAAAGUGUCACAGAUCCGGGGGCCUCUCCCUGGCGGGAUCCAGUGGAGACACAGAGCCAGAGAGGGAGUGGGUGGAUAUCAGAGGAGUUUUCUUUUUCAUUUUUGGCUAAGAGUCGUGUGGCGUGAGCUCCUUUGAUGGAAGGAGAGCAGAGUUCAAGGAUUUGAGCAUCUGUAGACUGGAGAUCAAAGCCAGCGUGAAGGCGAUCUGGAGUGGGAUUGGGAGGUGAAAUAGGAGUGUGCCAGAUAAGUUACCCCAGACUGGGACCCGCGGCAACUCGAUGUCCCCGUGGCUUUCAGACUUAAUAGUAAAAUUUAACUGUCUUUCUGAUAUGGAACUUGAGGCAAAUUGCAGGUGUUCUCUACCUCUAGAAUGGAGAUUGGAGUAAGACAUUUGCCUGGGUGGAGCAUAUAUAUUAAUCCGAACUGGUGGUUGUUUUAGAUCUAGCCAGCUGGCAACCAUGAAUGAAUGGAUGAAGAAAGGCCCCUUAGAAUGGCAAGAUUACACUUACAAAGAAGUCAGAGUGACAGCCAGUGAGAAGGAGUAUAAAGGAUGGGUUUUAACCAUAGACCCAGUCUCUACCAAUAUUGUCCUUGUGAACUUCCUUGAAGAUGGCAGCAUGUCUGUGACCGGAAUUAUGGGACAUGCUGUGCAGACUGUUGAAAUUUUGAAUGAAGGGGACCAUAGCGUGAGAGAGAAGCUGAUGGAUUUGUUCAUGUCUGGAGACUGUAAGGCGUACAGCCCUGAGGAUCUGGAAAAGAGAAAGAACAGCCUGAAGAAAUGGCUGGAGAAGAACCACAUCCCCAUCACUGAAGAGGGAGAUUCACGAAGGACUCUCUGUGUGGCUGGGGUCUUGACUAUAGAUCCACCAUAUGGUCCAGAAAAUUGCAACAGUUCCAAUGAAAUUAUUUUGUCCCGUGUUCAGGAUCUUAUUCAAGGACACCUUGCAGCUUCCCAGUGAGAGGCCAAGAACUAUGGAUGCACUGAUUGAAAUAAGACUUCAUUUUUUGAAAAUUCUUUGUUGUUUUUGGUAAAAUCAAAGAUGGGGAUUAUCAGUGCUAAUAAGUGAACUGGGCAAGGAUGACAUCACAAAUAAAAUUAACAUAGGGACAUCAGAAUUAUAAGAGCCUUUCCUUUUGAUGGGGAUACACCUCCUUUUUUUUUUUCUUUUUUUUUUUUUUGACGGUACACGGGCCUCUCACUGUUGUGGCCUCUCCUGUUGCAGAGCACAGGCUCCAGACGCGCAGGCUCAGUGGUCAUGGCUCACGGGCCCAGCCACUCCGCGGCAUGUGGGAUCUUCCCGGACCGGGGCACGAACCUGUGUCCCCUGCAUCGGCAGGCAGACUCUCAACCACUGUGCCACCAGGGAAGCCCACACCUCCAUUUCUGUUAGGCAAGAAAUGUAUGUGAAAAAGAUGCAACAUGUUAGAUUCAAUAUAAAUGCUAAGGUAAAAUCACAGUCUUGUUACAUCCCUUGCACUAACUACAUGUGUCUGUUUUAAAACGUUUAUUUUAAAAAAUUUUUUGGUGUAAUGAUGUUAUAGCAUUUGAAUCAGAAUAUAUUCUUUUUUUGGUUGAAACUUGAACGUUUUGGUAAAAUCUUAACACAUAAACCUUAUAAACUCUCAAAGCCUUAAAAAGUGAGCACUGGCUGAUAUC